AACAAAUAUGGCAGCGCCCUGUGUGUAAGAAUUGACAGUCUAAUGACAGAGAGUAAACAAAAAUGAAACUCCUUCGUACAGCUUUGAUAAGAGCGAGAACUGCCUACAGCUACAGUACACAGUUUGUAUUGAAACAGGGGCAUAGGAAAUUGUUCUUCUGGUCAUGUGGUGCUGUGUCAGUUGGAAUUGCUGGAGUGUCAAUCAUAUGUCACCAUAGCAACAGCAACACGGUAUUUGCUAACAGUGGUAGCAAACUUGAUUCAUCAAAAUGGAUGGCUGAUCCAAUUACAGACAAGGCACUUCUAGAAAAUAGGAGUUCAGACAUGAAGUAUAAAAUGGAAGCCAUGGUGAUGAGAAUCCAGUCAGAAGUUUGCAGAAAACUGGAAGAAAUUGAUGGAGACCAGAAAUUUUUUGUAGACAGAUGGACAAGAGCAGAGGGAGGGGGUGGAAUCAGCUGUGUAAUGAAGGAUGGCCUUGUUUUUGAGAAAGCAGGAGUCAACAUCUCGGUAGUACACGGAAACUUACCCCCUCCAGCUGUGGCUCAAAUGAAAGCCAGAGGUAGGGCUUUGGAGGGCAAGACAUUACCUUUCUUUGCCACUGGAGUCAGCUGUGUCAUACAUCCUAGAAAUCCUAAUGUGCCUGCGAUCCACUUUAAUUAUCGGUACUUUGAGGUGGUGGAUGAGAAAGGAAAAGUCCACUGGUGGUUUGGUGGAGGAACAGAUCUGACACCAAAUUAUCUCUAUGAAAAGGAUGCUGUUCAUUUUCACAAAACACUAAAAGAAGCUUGUGACAAACACAAUAAAACAUUUUAUCCAAAGUUUAAGAAGUGGUGCGAUGAGUACUUUUAUCUUCCUCAUAGAGGUGAAACACGGGGCAUAGGAGGAAUUUUCUUUGAUGAUUUAGACAACGAACCUCAAAGUGAUAUGUAUGAGUUUGUACAGACUUGUGCUGAUGCUGUUUUACCGUCCUACAUUCCAAUCGUAGAGAGACACAAAAAUGAUGGCUACUCUCAUCCAGAAAGAAAAUGGCAGCUUUUAAGGAGAGGUCGAUAUGUAGAAUUUAAUCUGAUCUAUGACAGAGGGACAAAGUUUGGUCUACAGACUCCAGGAGCUAGAUAUGAGAGUAUUCUAAUGUCCUUACCCAACACAGCAAAUUGGGAAUAUAGACAUGAACCAGCUCCAAAUUCAGCUGAGGAGAAGAUGGUCCAAGUACUAAAACAGCCCAGAGACUGGGUGUGAAAGAUAAACAUUUAGUUAAAAAGCCAAAUAUUUCUGUCUUUUGCUUAUAAAUAUGAUAUAGCUUACAUAUUUAGUUUUAAAUGUCAGUGUGGUAGAUUGAUUAAUUUUGAUUUCAUUUUUUAUUUAUGUUUCACAGUUCACAAUGAUGGAUAAUAGGCAUAUUAUAUUACCCCGAAUCUUUCUUGUCCUUUUAAUCUAUUUCCAUUUCAAUAACUCUUUCUGAAGUUAAAACUUUUUUUCCCUUUCUAUGGGUCUAUGCUUAAAGUGAUGUGGCAAUUACAUUAGCCUGUCAGACCUUUUGUUGGAUGCUGUUGUGACAUAGACAUGAAUAUGUUUUAACCUUUUAAAAUUUGUUUUCUUUUUCAAAGUGGUAUAUAUCCCUUUUUUACCAGAUGUUCUUUAUUUCUGGACAGACUUCUGAUAGUUCAAAAUUGACAUGUUAUUGCUUUACUGAAAGAUAAUCUAUGAUUUGUAUACCAGCCAUCAUCACCAGUCAUGACUUUUAACCUGAAGGUUCAUACUUGAUUUAAAUUCUUUUGUAAGUUUAUGAAAGUAGCAUUAUGGUUUCUCACUAUAAUACUUUUGUUACCUAUGCAUGUCUUUUGAUCUUGGUCAUAAAGGGGCUUGGACACAGAUUUGAAGCAUAUUCAGUAUAAUGUCAUGACUUACCUAUUGAUAGAACAUUUCAGAAUGAUAUUAGAAAAUACUUCUUUUAUCUGAAAAUUAUUGAAACUACAGCUUUUGUCUCAUGUUUGAUUUACAUACAUCGUUGCACUUUCACCAAGUAAAAUUUAUCCUAAUUUUUUUUUAAAAAAGUGGAAAAUAUAUUGUGUAGUAAUCAAAAAUAUUAAAAUUAUAAUCCAGAAAAUCAACACACCAGUGUUGUCAGUUUAUGUUUAGUUAUGUGUGCAGGUAAAACAUAACAUUAACAAUUAUAGAUCUCUUACCCAUGUGUACAAACACAGAUGUUUGACAUUAUGUUAUGAAGAAUAUCGUUGAUCAGAAAUUGAAUUUUAAGAAUUUCCAUGUAAUUUUAAUUCAUUAAAGUUAUUUUUUGAAUCAAAUUAGCAAUUUAAAAUUGUGAACAACACGGCAAUGCAACUGUGCCCAGGCCCCUUUAAAUUAUCAGUUUUUCAUAAACUGCCUUUAUAAUUUGUCAUGAUUAUAUCUUCCAACUUAUAUGGUGCAUUACUUUCAUGACUAACCUAAAUAGCAUGUUAACUUUAUUUUUUUACAUAAUAAAUGUAAAUUAUGAAAUUGAAUUGAGUAUCUUAGUGAUCUUUAUCCAGAUAUGUGAAUGGUGUUCAUCAUUGAAAGAAUUUUCUUCUUUGUCUAAAUGUGAAAAAAUAAGAAACGCUUGAUUUGUUCUGAAUGAUAUCAUUAUCAUCAUUCUAUAUGAUUGUUUAUGAAUUCUUUAAAAGAAUUUCUUGACUGUUGAUUUUACAAAGUUUAUGAGAUGUUUAUAAGACAUGUACAUUUAUACAUGUAUCUAGAUCCUCUAUAUAACUAAUCAGAGAAGAUAAAUGUAGUAAAGAUAAGUACCAUCAGUAACAUUGUUACAAGAUGACAUAUUAACAUUUCAUUUCUCAUGUUUCUUGAGCAUGUACAUGUAAAUUUAGUAUUAUCAAGAUAUAUUUUAUACAAAUAUAUUUUGAUUAAAUAUGCAGCUCAAAAAAUGGAUAUUUAUACAGAGUAUGUCAUGUAAACUAAAUAUAUCAAUUCAUCUUCUGAUCAUCUGAAAAAAAUAAAUAAUAAAGCUGUUAUUCCUGCAGAUAAAAUGACAAUGAAGAUACAUGUUCAACAAUUUUAGUAAAAGUGCAAAAUGAUUGUUAUUUUUGAUGAUAUGAAAGAAGUAUAUCAUGCAUAUUGUUAAAAAAUGCAACAAAAUAUUCAGAAUGGUACAGUGUAUCUUGUUACAAAUUGACUUCAAAUUACUGAAGUGUAUCAAGUGCAUACCUGAUGACCUUGUGUAAAUUUUGUACUCUGAAGAAGUACAAGUACUUAUAUUUCUCUUGAUGUGUUCUAAAAAUGACAUGAAUAAAUUUUCUAAUUGUU